AUGCUCGGUUUACCGGAAGUCAAAGGUAGCAGCGGUUCGAGGAGUCUGAGUCCGUUUCGAUUGGGACGCUCCAGAGCUCAAGAACGAAUUCGUAUAUAUAUCGCUGCUUUAAUUAUCGUCGCUCUUUGGUACACAUAUUUCCUGCGUUUACGAUAUAUGAACGAGCUUGCAACAAUAUCGCAAACUGAGUCGGCGGAGCCUUGCGACUUUUUACCACGCGAUGCGGCACAAAAUUCGACCCUCGGAUUUCAAAAGAUCCUCGCCCUAUCCAAGAGUCCAAGUUGGAGAAGUCGUGGUUUAAUAGCAGCAGCAACUCUUACUGGUCUGGACAUCGAGAUUCCUAAACAACCAUUCAUCACACCAGAGCUCAUUGAAGCGUUCAGUAAAAUCGGAGGACCAGAAGUGAAUGGUCAUCCAAAAACAGGAUCAGCUCACGCGUGGCUUGCUCAUCUCGAUCUAUUACGAUACGGAGUUUCAAGUAACCUGGAUACAUUUCUGAUCGUAGAAGAUGAUGUGGACUGGGAUAUAAAUAUUAAGAAAACUAUGGCUCUUAUUUCGGAUAAUGUUAGGAAAUUUCGAGAUGUCGGGGGAGAGGAUGAUAGUCCAUAUGGGCGUUCAUGGGAUUUACUAUGGCUUGGUCAUUGUGGAGAACACACCGAUAAAGCCACACCGCGACAGGAAUUCGAAGAUCCAACAGUUCCAACGAUAGACCAAUAUGUAGGAUGGUCAAAAAAGUGGCUCCCAAGUAUCUCAGCCGGCCACCGUGCAAUCCAGAAGGGCGUAAACCCAGUUUGUACGUUCGGUUACGCGGUAACAGCUCACGGAGCUCAGAAAAUCCUCGAUUUCGCUGGGAAAGGUGGGAAUGAAGCUUUCGAUAUUCGUUUGCUUGAUGGUUGCAAGAACAAUCAUUUGAAUUGUCUCACCGUGCAGCCGGAGAUUAUGCAUCAUUAUGAGCCACCGAAGGAUUUAGGAUAUACCAGUUUAGUUAAAGAGGAAGACGGAAAGGGCAGUUCUGUGGAUGAAGAAAAGUUUGAGACUGUCAUGGGAGGGACGGAAAAUAUUAUAGAUAGUGCAAGGUGUAUGGCGCUCUUUGAAAGUUCUUGUAUGAAACAACGUCGAUAG